AUGCCGGCCAAAACGUCGCAGGCUUCGGGGAGGGGUCAGACUAGCAAAGUUCAAACCCGCUCAUCCAAUCCGUCGAGAAACGAUGACUCGGGAUCCGGAGUAGACGCCCCGGCCCGGCGGCGCUUGCAAAAAGCGGCCUCCACCACCUUCCACUCCAACGCCUCGUCCAAUGCGGACUCCCAGUCCUCCAAGGAUGGGGCAGAUAUGCGUGCAGGGGGAAUGAGUAAGAGACGACUGUCAAUUCGGGAGAAGAUUCCCCAAGGCCCGCGACCACAGGAGUCAUCGCGGUGGAGCAAACCCACCGGACCUUAUUUCCAUUCCGAAAACUCCUCCGUCGAUUCCACGAACAAUUCAACAAAAAACCUUUCCCUCCGAACGGCGAGCGUGGGAAACGUGUCAAGCCAAUCCCCACCGGAGACCACUGAGUUCCUAGCUCCAAUCAACUUCGAUGACUUCCACAACAGCAUCAUGGCCGAGCCCAGCUUGAACCAUUUCCCCAUGCCCGGAAAUAGCGGGACGGGGUCUGAAAAUCGUGAUUCGACUUUCUCAACCAACAGCACCUGGACGAACAAUAGCUACGACAGCGGUAGUGUUUCGGAGCGAACAAGAGCUUCCUCUCGUCGCAAGAGUGAAGUAUCUCGUCUCAACUCCCAGAAUCCAAUCUCAAACCCCGGGCUAUCAGCUUCAUCUGCCAACGCCCGCACUCGCCGUCAGAGCUCUGUCCAAGCAGCUGCAGGGACCACUACAUCUUCACGAGGGUCGAGAAAAUCCAUUGGCGGCGGUGCAUUUGCCCCCACGAAUGCGUCAGCAAGGCGCGCCAGCCUAAGUGCUCGCAAAGCUAGUACAGAUACAACUCGGACAGAUUCAACCAAUAAUUUGCCUCUUCCGAGGGCUCAGCAAUCGGAGGUGAAUGAUGGGUCCAAAGUUCCAACCUCCAUUCGAAGUCUCAAAGCAAAGUCCUUCCAGCCCGGUCCACGAGAGCCUCGGGGGAAUUUCUUGACCACAUCUGGGUCUGCGGUGACCCCGGAUCAUUCACGUUCUUCUUCUACUAAUGCUGUGCGAACACCCGCACGGAAUCCUUCCGGGGCACCUGGCACACCCUCCUCUUCGUCCAAGCGCAUGUCUGUUAUGCCAUCGCAUGCCACGGGGCUCGGCGCUCGCACCAUCAGCCCUACAGAUGCUCGGCGGAUGAAGCGAAUGUCAAUUGCACAGCCAGCGCCUCCAAUGCCAAACACGCCCCCGACGCAGACCGAGCCUCUUCCAACCCGUCCACUGUCGUCAACGAUGUCUCCUUCUUUCAUCCCCAGGAAGAGCGUCACUCCUUCUUCCAACCGAACAACGCCAGACCCGAACCGCAAGUCUUACAGCUCCGGGCUUUCUGUUUCAUCCAGCACCAGCUACAAUUCGGUUCGGAACUCCGCGACACUUCAACCGCGACUUUCACAAAAUUUCUCCUCGUCUCGUCUGCCCACGCCCAAACCACGUGCGGAAACAACAACGAACAAUAAUGGGGAAGAAGUUCCGCCAGUUCCAGCAAUUCCCAAGGCCUACGAGUCCCCCAAAGGCGAAUUCGAUCCUCCAUUCUUCCCUGCGCCGAGAAAGUCGAGCUUGCCCGGGGAUCUUGGUUUGGUGAGGAGCUCCCGGGACUCCGAUUCGGACGUGCCCAAUGUGCGCGAUGCCCAUAGAGAUGGGAACAGAACGGCAAAAACACCGGAUGUCAGGACAAGAACAUCUACUGUGAUUGGCGGUAGAAAGGGCUUGCAACCGUUGAAGCUGCCACCCCUAAAUUUGCUUCCUCUGGGUACGCCGAUGACGACCAAGAUAGAGGCAUUGAGAGACAGAGAAGGCGACGACCGCCAGACGCAUACACCAUCCAAUCAAAUUAUCUCGAAGACUCCCACAACACCGUUGACCGCGUCUAGGGCCAAUUUAUGGCCUUACCGUGACGAUGAUGAUCGUGUACCUUUCACCCAAGCGCGAAGCAGCACCUCUCACUUCGCUUUGAGCUCCACCUCAACAGCAGCUCUGCGAACAGCAAGCAGCACUAGCGCAUGGGACUCUCUUGACACUCCCCUUAGCACUCGGAAUAUCUCUCCGUAUGCCUCUUACACCUUGCCCAAGAGUGGCACGGAACUCAACCACCUCCGUCAGCAUGUUAGUGGCGAUUAUUCCAACCGAACAUCGCAGUCAAACAAAUUGACCGGCCCACGGCCACAAACCCAGUCUGCCAUCCUGGCCCCGGCUCCAGAACGGCUCAGCCAGAUGUCAACCCCGUCGGAGCCAGAAAGCACCGCCGCCUCUAGUUCGUCUCUCCGGAACCAGCUCCAUGUGACGCGGGUUCGCAGCAACUCGAAGACUCUGAAGGCGCCUGAGGUCAAUACGGACCCCGCCAAGUACGACAACAUGCCGCCGCCAAAGCUGCCCGCAUCUGCAACAUGGAACAAUCUGUCUUCAGUGACGUCGACCAGUCCCAGUUUCAAACAGUCGUACCUCAAGCCGCGGCGGCAGCCGUCAAUCUCGAGUUCAACCAACCCGGCGGCUGCGCGGAAGGCUAGUGUAAGCAGUGAUAAAAGCCUUGUACUGGAACCAACUCCUUCAAAUGAGUCUGCUGAAAGCGACAACUCGCAGAAGCGGGGCCCUAGCGCAUAUAUUUCUCCAGUCCACAAGAUUAUCAGCUCCGCCCGGUCUAGGGAUGCUGCAUCUCCUCGAUCUACCGAUGCCAACGUCGAUGCUGAUGUGGUAGUGGCCGACGACGAAAUGAGAAAGCUAGGGUCCAAGCGAAAAGAUUUCGAGAAAGCGGCACGGGAGUUGGACGAGUUGCGCCGCAAGGCCGGGCCAAAGGAUCGUGUUAGUCCCGCACAGGCCUUGAAGAUGGCGAACCUCAACAUAUUCGAGAGGGGCGAGAUCAUCGACUACCGGGAUAUCUUUUUCUGCGGGACGCAGAAUGCUAAGAAGCACGUCGGCGACCUGCACUCGGGUGCUGCAAACUUUGGAUACGACGAUGACCGAGGAGACUACAACAUCGUAAUUGGCGAUCACCUGGCCUACCGGUACGAGGUUGUCGAUGUCUUGGGCAAGGGUAGCUUUGGGCAGGUGGUGCGAUGUGUCGACCACAAGACCGGUGCUCUCGUUGCAGUGAAGAUCAUCCGGAACAAAAAGCGAUUCCAUCAGCAAGCGUUGAUCGAAGUCAAUCUCUUGCAAAAGCUCAAGGAAUGGGAUCCUCAUCGUCGUCAUAGUGUGGUCAACUUCACACAGAGCUUCUACUUCCGUGGCCAUCUCUGUAUCUCGACGGAGCUUCUUGGCAUGAACCUCUACGAGUUCAUCAAAGCGCACGACUUCCGCGGCUUCUCGCUAAAACUGAUUCGUCGUUUCACGAAGCAAAUGCUCGGCAGUCUUGUGCUUUUGCAUGCGAAGAAGGUGAUCCACUGCGACCUGAAACCGGAGAACAUCCUUCUUGUGCAUCCGUUGAAUUCGGAAAUUCGGGUCAUCGAUUUUGGGUCCAGCUGCUUCGAAAAUGAAAAGGUCUACACCUACAUUCAGAGUCGGUUUUACCGCUCACCGGAAGUCAUUCUCGGGAUGUCCUACGGCAUGCCGAUCGAUAUGUGGAGUCUGGGUUGUAUUCUGGCGGAGUUGUUCACGGGCUACCCGAUCUUCCCUGGAGAGAACGAGCAAGAGCAACUGGCCUGCAUCAUGGAGGUUUUUGGCCCUCCAGAGAAGCAUCUGAUUGAGAAGAGCACGCGAAAAAAGCUGUUUUUCGAUUCCCUGGGCAAGCCACGCCUCACUGUCUCCUCCAAGGGGCGAAGACGGCGCCCCAGCUCCAAGGAACUCCGACAAGCCCUCAAGUGUGAUGAUGACGCCUUCCUCGACUUCAUCGGCCGAUGUCUGCGCUGGGACCCUGCUCGUCGGCUCUCUCCCCAUGACGCAUUGAAGCACGAGUUCAUCACCGGCGUCAAGACGAUCGCCCGGCCUCGGAUGUAUGCUGCGACCAACCCCAGCUCGCCCGCCAAGCGAGGGACCACCGCAAGGCCCCUUCCUGAGCCGCCUGGAACCAGUCUGAAGAACGGCACUGUCGUGCGCAAUCGCGAUACCACGGGCAAUUCCCCUGUCAAGGGCUCCAGCGGGAAGCGCCAUUCCACCGUCAGCGGUCUGCCAACGAGCACGCCUGCCAAACGCGCCUCCAACAACCCCACGAUGCCCGGGUCCGGGCUUCCUCGCGCCUCGGCGCGGAGUAUCAGUGGAAAGGCAGAUCUGGCGACUGCGGCGGCAGCGACCAGCCUGGUGAGUCGAGGCCAAUAA